AUGGCAGCCAGUCCAACGAGAACCAACUCGGUGGGCGCCGCGCUGAAUGGACAGGGCGGAACAGGUCAGAGAUCAGUCGGCAUAUCGAUAUCUACCUUUCUUGCGUCUCUUGCUACGGCUAUUAUCGUCUUCGCCGUCGAAUUUCUUCUUUUUCUUGUCCUUAAAGGAAAAUUGACCCGAAUCUAUCAACCACGAACGUAUCUAGUCCCCGAGCGUGAACGUACAAACCCUUCCCCGCCCGGGCUAUUCAGAUGGAUCGGCCCCGUAUUUAAGACUUCUAACUCGGAGUUCAUUCAAAAAUGCGGCCUGGAUGCCUAUUUUUUCCUACGCUACCUACGCAUGCUGCUGAAAAUAUUCAUACCUCUUUCACUCCUUAUUUUGCCAAUCCUGGUUCCGGUAAACAAAGUGGGCGGCAGGGAUCAAAGCUUACUGGAUGCGUCUCGUAGUGAAAGAUAUAAUGUCACCGGCCUGGACCAAUUAGCCUGGGGAAACAUUAGACCUGAACAGACGCAGCGAUACUGGGCCCAUUUGGUACUUGCUGUCAUUGUGGUUGUGUACGUGUGUGCAAUUUUCUUUGACGAGCUACGAGGCUACAUACGGUUGCGACAGGCGUAUCUAACGUCUCCUCAGCAUCGCCUUCGGGCGUCUGCUACUACAGUCUUGGUGACAUCUAUUCCAGAAAAGUGGCUGUCCAUCGAGGCGCUGGAUAACUUAUUUGACGUAUUCCCUGGCGGUGUUCGAAAUAUCUGGCUCAAUAGGGACCUAGACCAGUUGAAUGCAAAAAUAAAGUUGCGAAACGACCUUGCGUUGUCUCUAGAAGCUGCUGAAACAGAAUUGAUCAAGAAAUGCAAGAAAGCACAACUAAAAUUGGCCAAGGUAGAAGCAAGGAAAUCAAAACACUCCAAAGAAGCCAUUGAGCGGGAAAAGAAGGAAGCACAGCGCAGAGCAUCGCGGCUUGUUCAAAGUGCGGGUGUAAGUUCUGGAGAUCCGCAUCAGGUCGCUCAUACUCUUGAAGAUGCUUUGCGUUUAGGUGAUAAUACGGAUUUGCAAGGUGCCGAGGAACGCCAACGUGCUGGUCCGCGAAUCGGUCAUGCUGUCGGCGCCGUAGGAUCUGGUGUAGCCAAGGUUGGCAAAACGGUAUUUGGAGGACUCAAGAAAGUCGGUCACAACGUUGAAGAUCGUGUGAAUACGACAGGUGGUUUAACUAUAGUACAACCUGGCCAGCCACAACCUAGUGCUGACCCUGCGGCCUCAGCUGGAGCUCAGCAGCUGGAUAUAAAUGGUGAUCAGAAUUUAACCACUGGCCAGCAGCCCCAUGGUGAUACAGAUGCGGCUAUCCUUGAAGACGAGAGGUUUGGUCCUCCAACCCUUGACGGUGCCGCCGAUGAAGCUUCAUCUCGAUCAUUACGAUUAUGGCGAAAGAAAUCAGAUCCACAGACCGAAAAUGUUGAUCAUCAUGGAGACGAAUUUCCUUUGACUGUUCCGUGCCCAGAGACGGCAGCCUCCAAAGUGGAUGAAAAUCCUAAGGAAAAAAAGAAACACCGAAGCUCCAAGAAAGACGAGCACCAGGAGAAUGAAGAAUACCCAGUCGCCUACAAUGAGGCGUACGAAGAAGACGACUAUGGUGAGCCACUUUGGAUGAAAUACAUCAAAGCGAAACACCGGGAAACCAUGCGUCUCCCCAUUUUUGGAUGGACCUGGAUGCCUUCAUUACCGCUUAUUGGGACAAAGGUGGACAAGAUUUAUUACUGCCGCAAGGAGAUUGCCCGCUUAAAUUUGGAGAUUGAAAUUGACCAGCAGCAUCCGGAGAAGUUUCCUCUGAUGAACUCGGCUUUUGUGCAGUUCAAUCACCAAGUUGCUGCGCAUAUGGCUUGCCAGUCUGUUGCCCACCAUAUUCCCCAGCAAAUGGCUCCAAGACUGGUCGAGAUUUCCCCGGAUGACGUUAUAUGGGAUAACAUGUCUAUAAAAUGGUGGGAGCGGUAUCUCAGAACAUUUGGAGUUAUUGUCAUUGUCUCUGCGAUGGUCAUCGGCUGGGCGUUCCCUGUUGCAUUCACUGGAUUGCUCUCGCAAGUCUCGUACCUUGAAGGAAAUUUUAGUUGGUUGAGAUGGCUUUCAAAGCUUCCUCAAUGGCUGCUCUCUGCUAUUCAGGGUAUCUUACCUCCUUUGUUCCUUGCAAUCUUGAUGGCUCUUCUGCCUCUUAUCCUUCGGUUUCUUUCCAGGAACCAAGGCGUUCAUACAGGCAUGGCGAUCGAACUAACCGUCCAAAAUUAUUACUUUGCAUUUCUAUUUGUCCAACUAUUCCUUGUUGUGUCCAUAUCCUCGGGGUUUUCGACCAUCUUUAACUCCUUCAAGAACGUUACAAGUAUUCCAGAACUGCUGGCAACAAAUAUUCCGAAAGCUAGUAAUUACUUCUUUUCCUAUAUGGUUCUGCAGGCCAUGUCAGUCAGCGCCGGAGCUCUAGUUCAGAUUUUUAGCUUGGUGAGCUGGUUCUUACUGGCCCCUAUUUUCGACAACACUGCCAGAAUGAAAUGGGCACGGACCACAAAUCUCAACCAGAUGCAGUGGGGAACUUUCUUUCCUGUCUACACAACCUUGGCAUCAAUUGGUUUAAUAUACUGUAUCAUAUCACCACUAAUCAUGAUUUUCAACGUCCUUACGUUUACUCUCUUCUGGGUGGUUUACCGGUAUAAUACGCUUUACGUAACAAAAUUUCGGUUUGACACUGGAGGAUUGUUGUUCCCCAAAGCUAUCAACCAACUUUUCACCGGGGUAUACGUGAUGGAAGUUUGUCUUAUUGGCAUGUUCUUCCUAGUUCGUGACGAAAAGGGUACAGUUGCCUGUGAGGGCCAAGCUAUCUGCAUGAUAGUUCUCCUGGUUGCAACUGCAUUAUUUCAAUAUCUUUUAAACCAGGCAUUCAAACCUUUAUUCCGCUACCUGCCUAUAACACUAGAAGACGAGGCCAGUCAGCGCGAUGAGGAAUUUGCUCGUGCCCAGAGGCGCAGGCUAGGACUAGAAGAGGACGAGGACGAAGACGAUGCAGGUGAAGCUAAUGUCGAGCCGAAACAUGAACAAGAAACUGGCAUUGAAUUGAGCCACAUGGAUAGUCAAAAGCCGCAGAAAACUGCCCUGGGUAGAUUGCUUCCUGGAAAGGGCAGUAUCAGACGGCGGUCCUGGGCAGAUCCCUCUCGGAACCGGAGGUCUCGGUACUUUGGUGGCAGAUCGGAUCCCAAUAUGCCUACGCUCAAACAUAUACGAGAAAAGCUCGCAAAGGACGCCGAAGCCCAAACUCCGGCGACGAAUGCAAUCAGCGAGGCAUUGUUCUCAGGGAUCCAUGACGAACUGGAGGACCUUACUCCUGAUGAACGUGAUCAGCUAGUCCAGCGAGCUUUUCAGCAUGAAGCUCUUCGUAUGAAACGCCCCGUGAUCUGGAUCCCUCGUGAUGACUUAGGUGUCAGUGACGACGAAGUCUUUCGCACACAAAGGUUCAGUAAGCAUAUCUGGAUCAGUAAUGAGUACCAGGCUCUGGAUGGGCGUUGCCGUGCCAUUUUUAGCCGAAGCCCCCCUGAUUUCUCUGAGGUCGAUCUUAUCCAACUCUAA